CAGGAAACAUGGCGCUCGUACGGAAAGGUGAUGCUGGAGCACUGUGUUUACUGCGCUUUUGAUUUCUCCAUCAACCUCCGAGCUUUACAAUGCCGGUGAACGACACAUCGGCACAUUUAAUCGUCCUAGAGAGGUAGUGAACACACGAGAGAGUUUAAACGAUGACAAAUCGCCGCAAAUAAGACGCCCGGAAGCGGUUAGCAUUAGCUUAGUUUCACGAACAUCACAGGACUGUCGUGCUAGCUAAAGCUGAUGACACAACAUAUGAGACGCACGAGGCAAAAUGUGUCUUUGACAAAACCGAUGUAGAUAUAUAGAUGUGUAAAGAUAUAGACGAACGAGUUCAUGCGUCGUUUGCGUUAUUUAUCGAGGUGUAAAAGCUCGUCGUAGGUGGUUGAGGUAGCGGAUUAGCCGCAGUGCUGAGGAUGGAGGCUCUCCGUGGAGGGGUGUGUGUGUGUUUACUGGGAUUUGCCACACUCGCACAAGCUGCUCCAGUCUCAUAUGAACACUCAGGAGUGUCUGCUGGAGACGCGGAUCUCUCUCUGAGUGUCCUGCUGCUCUCGUCUCUGGCUGUGCUGCUGGCCCUCGUCGUGUUGCUGCUCAACUGUGUUUCCUGCUGCAAAGAGCAAGAGAUCAACUUUAAGGAGUUUGAAGACCACUUUGAGGAUGAGGUUGAUUUCACACCCCCAGCGGAGGACACGCCCUCUAUGCAGUCACCUGCAGAGGUUUACACUCUGGCUGUUCCACCCGUUCCCCUCCCUGGACCCCCUCACCUCCAGCUGCCCCGUAUGGCAGACGUCUCAUCGGGUCCUCACGUGGCGCGACACUCUCUCAGCUACAUUCAGGAGAUCGGGAGCGGCUGGUUUGGAAAGGUUCUGCUCAGUGAGAUCUAUGCUGAACCUGGAUUCGCCCGAGUGAUCGUCAAAGAGCUGAAGGCCAACGCCAGCUCCAAAGAGCAGAAUGAGUUCCUUCAGCAGGGAGACCCGUUCAGGGUUCUUCAGCAUCCUAAUAUAUUGCAGUGUCUUGGUCAGUGUGUGGAGGCCAUCCCUUUCCUACUCGUGUUUGAGAACUGUGAAUUGGGUGAUCUGAAGAGUUACGUGUCUCAACACGAUUGGCUGUACAGGAAUGGAGAACUCCUGCAGCUGCAGAAAAUGGCCUGCGAGAUCGCCGCUGGGGUCACCCAUAUGCACAAACACAACUUCCUGCACAGUGAUUUGGCUUUGAGAAACUGCUAUCUCACAACAGACAUUACUGUCAAAGUGGGAGACUAUGGGAUCGGCCCUACAAGUUUUAAGGAGGAUUACAUCACCACAGAAGAUGACCAAUGCGUGGCUCUGCGCUGGCUUGCCCCUGAGCUGAUUGGUGAGCUGCAUGGAGGCCUGAUUACAUCAGAACAGACUAAACCCAGCAAUGUUUGGGCAUUGGGAGUGACAUUAUGGGAGCUGUUUGAUAGUGCAAAGCAGCCGUAUCCUCACCUGUCAGAUAGAGAAGUGCUCCACCAUGUGCUCAAAGAUCAACAAAUCAGACUUCUCAAGCCACAGCUGGAUUUACCCUACUCGGAAAGAUGGUAUGAGGUCCUGCAGUUUUGCUGGCUGCCUGUAGAUAAGAGAGCCACUGCUGAAGAGGUCCACCGUCUGCUCACUUACCUCCGUAUGCAGGGCCAGAAAGACGUGGAGGAUGACUUCGAGCAGCGCUGGAGCUCUCUAAAACCCAAUCCCACCACUCGACAAGCCACCAUCAGUCACUCCUCCUUCCCCAUCCUGGAGCAGUUCGAUGACGGCCGAGAACCAGACGAGGUGCUCACAGUCACCGAAACAAGUCGAGGACUGAGUUUCGAAUACGUGUGGGAGGCGGCCAAGCACGACCAUUACGAGAGUCACAGUCGGUCCUCCAUGGACACCACUCUGAAUUAUCACAGCAUGUUCUUUCCAGUGCCACAGCAGGAUAUUCAUGCUCAGUUCCCUGACACUGAAGCUAAAGUCCCAGGGACGUUGCCAGUGUUUGAUCCACAUAAAGCAUCCUCUGGAGAUGAGUACUUUAUUAAGUUAGAGGAACUGGACGAGAGCGACGUUGGGAUGGAUGAAAGUCAAGGUGCUGAGGGUACAAACCCAUCGGAGCAGCAACAGUACAUGGUCUUACGGGAUGUCAGGCUGGAUGAGUCCAGCACAGAUGCAGAUUUCUUUCAUCAAAGCAUUGACUCAAAAGACUCAUACCUUCAGGAUAGCCACAUCUGGUCCUCAAGCGAACAUGAAAGCCCUUACCAUACAAACAUUUUUGGCGAGGGUGAUUCGAAAUUGGAAGAUUCUCAUUCAUUCAGGGGAGGUUUUAUGGAGAUGAAGACAGAUCCUGAAGGAGAAACAAACGGUACAGAGGCGAGCAAUACAUUUCACAAUUCUUUUUUAGGGUUUGGACCAGAAGCCAUUCAUUUGGAGGUGUCUGAUCAAGAGAGUGCAGAUGUGAUGAAGCUUCUGAACACUGACAAACUAACCGAAAACUUUUUGUUCCUCAAAGAUAACGGCUUGCUAAAGGACCAAUCUGCUUCGUCUCUCCCCGGGCCCAUCAUAGAGACCCAUGUCUCAGAUAGCGUAAACCUUACAGGUGCGUCUUUGAAAUCCGCUGAGAAUUGUAUGCAGCUUAAAGAUGAAUUCUUGGACUUAGUCAGCCCAAUUCUAGAAGAUUUUCUGUCGCCUUUGAAAGGAAAUGAAUCAACAGUGCCUUUAGACAGAUUCAUAACAGGAGAAACCUGUAGCAACCUGCUGCCACAUACAAAUGGCUCUUUGCUUUCUCCAAAAGCUUCUUCUUCCGAAUCUACCUCUGAGAGUGUCGAGGUCAUUGUUGACAGUCCAUCCGACAGUAAUCAAUCCCUUGAAAGUGCCACUACAGUUACUUUGUGCAUAGAUGCCAAACCUCCCAGCUUUGAAGAAUGUUUUGAAACCUCAAACGAAAAUGGACAGGAUUUAGGAAUUGUUGAGUCGAGUCAGCUUAGCUUUACUGCUACUGAAAGUGGCCUCACUGAUGGUCUAAGUAAUGAAUUGAUGAGUGAUAUCAUAAUGGAACUGGACAAGACGAUGAGCAAGGAUAUUCCACCACCAGAAUCCAUCCAUCAAGAUGAAACUUUACUGGCCAACCGUGUAACUCAGGACAUGUCCUCAGUGUUGAUGUCCGAAUCGUCUCUCGACCAAUUAAGUCAGGACAGCCUACUGGAGGAUAGCACCUUAUCCACUCUUCCAACCAUUGAGAACUCGGCCGAAACACCCGAUUCGUUGGAUUCUUUGGACAUUCAUAGGGACGUGGUGCAAUCCUUGGCAACUCCUGUUAAUAAGCUUCAACCACCGUACAAAGCUGCUGACAGUGGGUAUGAAACUGAAAACUUGGAAUCACCCGAGUGGAACUCUCAGAUUGGCGUGAGGGAUUCGUCUGAAGAGAGUUCAGUAGGUGUUGCUGUGGAACCUACAGCACUGGUACCUCCAGAAAUUGUCGUGUUUGAGGUGGAUAGUGUACCUGAUGUUCAGGUUAAUGGUGAUGACCAGCGACAGCCUGGUGACGUGCCCUUGAGUGGAAACUACAGGGACUCUGCUUACUUCUCAGACAAUGAAGAGCUCGAUAGGAAGAGUGAUGACGUCAAUGGAAGUGCUCCGGCAGAUGAAGCUCUUGUUAUCGAGGAGCAUUCUGCGUCCGAGACUUCAUCUGAAGACCCUACUCCAGAAUCAGCAAAUGGUGAUGCACAGAGGACUCCUCUUCCCGAGUUGGUUCUCGGCACCGAGGAGGACUGGAGCCAGGAUAAACUGUUGUCUGGCUCUGAGUUUCCUGAUCUUCUAUCAGACCAAACUCAUUCCCAUGAAGACCCAGAACAUGCAGCGACCUUCUCUACCUCAACGCAGCCCUCCGCAGAUCUCCGGGUCCAUGCGAAGCUAACAAGAACCUAUGCUGGAGAGGGAACGAAGAAGAAGGAGUCGGAUAUGGAGGGGAGGUAUCUAGGCAAGCUCGAUGGAUCCUCGCUGGAAUACGGGCCAGAGGAUGGGAUGGACGCCGAUGAAGAAGACGAGAACAGUGAUGAAUCUGAUGAUGACGUGCGUGCUUACCGGUUGCACAGUUCCAGCUCUGAGUGUAGCGAGGACGAUGUCGCGCACCCGGUCCCUGUUAUCAUUUCGGACGACAGUAGUUCCCUCAACCUCAAAAGCUUGCUGAAGCCCAGAUCCUCCCAGAAUGCUAAAGCAACAACAGAAGAGGGCAGUGACAGACGUGGAGUGUCUUUCUUUGAUGAUGUAACGGUCUACCUUUUCGACCAGGAAACCCCAACAAAGGAACUUGGCGAACAUGCCCUUGACCCCAGUAGCCAAGUGUCUGAUUUCAGCAGUCCAGUGGCUUCUUCCAGCUACCUUAAUAGAUUUACAAACUCCGAGAGCUCCACAGACGAAGAAGGUGGUGCAUUUGAGUGGGAUGAUGACUUCCCAUCUCCAGAGCCCAAUUUCCUCUCAAAGUCAACCAGUGAUCAUUCUGUUCAGACAAGCGCGUCCUCUGCAGCUUCAAAGUAUUUCUCUCCACCCCCAGUGAACCGCACCCUGGAACAGAGCUGGAACAGCCCCUCCAACUACUCCCGCUUCUCCAUCUCCCCGGCCAGCAUGGCUAGCUUCUCCCUUACCCACCUCACAGACUCGGACAUUGAACAAGGAGGAAGCGGUGAAGAUGGAGAAAAAGAUUAGAUGGACAUUUUUAUGUUGAAGAAAUAGACAUGUGGUUUGAAGGCUUUUGAGGAGUAUUUAUUUGAGAAAAGGAAGGGGACUGCACAGACCGAGCUGUCGGUGUCCAUGACCGCUUCCUUUAUUCAGCAGAUGAGUUCCAGCCAAGUCAACUUUCAUUUGCAAUGUUUUUCAUUUGUGCUGUUUGGAGGAACUUUGCUUCACACGCUUCCCAAGUGUCCUGCCUCACUUUUGUUGUUUGUAAUUGUACGCAGAUCUCCUCGCUGUUCAUUUUAGUCUUGAGCAAUGGAGCUGAAGUUCACGGUUCAACCGGAGGACCCUCUCUUAAAAGCUACAGAGCCCACGGGCUCAUUCGUGCAAUUUAAAUCAAAAGACACUUGCAUUUUACUUUAACACACUGGAUUUUAAUUUUUUAAGGUAAAAUCUAGUGUGAUGCUUAUUUAUAUGAUCACGUGAUGGUUUAGAUAGUCAUGUCAGUAUGCCUCUCCAUGGAUAUGUUUGUACAGUGUUUGCGUCACAUUUACCCAAACAAAAACAUGCAUAGUUUUAAUGUUUUAUAUAAGAUGUAGAAGUCAGCAUGUGGGCAGCUGAGGAUUUGGGAGAUGAAACGCUAAGAAGUCUUAAAGCGAGCGGGUUUUUUCCUCAUGGCAGUUUAUUUCUAAGGAUUAUUUUUAUCUGACGAACAGCACAUCAGAGCGUUCAUGUGAUGCAUUGUCUGCUUGUAUGGUGAAUGGAUCAUUAUCAUCAGUGCCUGCAAGAGCCCUUGAUCAAGAUCACAUUAGGACGCCCAAUGCUCCCAUUAGCAAAGAUUCAGACCCAUCCUCUGAAUCCUCUCUGAACUUCAGGUGUGUGUCUGAAAGAUUCAGUACAACGGUAAAUCUUACGAAUUUCAGCGUAGUAAUGCAUGAAAAAAAUUAAUUAGGAUUUUUGCUAUGUGAUAUAAUUUUCAUGACUUUAUCAUUACUGUAAUAUAAAAACAAAUAAUGAUAAUAAAUUCUCAAGUAUUUGUACAUUAUGGUACUGAAAUACAGAAAUCAUGUCUAUGUGAAAUAUAUUUUUAUUUUGUGGUAUAUUUAAAUACGACCCAAAUAUUUCAUAACAAGCAGAAAUUUAUAGGAUCCAAAGGUGACGGCUGCUUGUGGCGUUACUUCGAAAAACCACUAAAAGAAAAACAAAACUCUUUAAAUUCCUGAUUUCAAAAUGAGAUAGGAAGUCUUUUUUCAGUCAACCUCAAAGGUAAUUUUCCUAGGUGAUGUGAAUCAUAUUUGCCAAUCUGCUCAGAUGCUUUUUUGGUUUGAUAAUAGCAAAGAUGAAAAGAUCAAAACCAAUGUACAUAGACGCAUCAAAUCACGAGAAAACGACAGAUUGAGCAAGAAUAACUUUUGAUACCACUGAUGUUUUCUUGAUUCGAUAAUGAAGAACACUGAUUUUGGUGCAACAGCAGAUUGUAUUGUGUCUUUCUGGAAUGAUGGGAUACAUCGGCGUCCUGUUGUAAUUCAGUACAUUAAUGCUGUAUGUUUUAGAGGAGUUGACUCUCUGUAUUACCAGCACGCAAUUUCACUUCAGUUUGAGAUUUUAUGGAAGUAAAUUUGUUGGUUUUAUUUGACAGUAUAUUUUGCUUAAUCUUGCACAUCUUUAAAGUGUAACUUAAUGUUGAAUUGUACUGAUGUAUAUAAAUGUUUAAUUUUUGUCUGUAAAUUGGGAACGACGUAAGACGUACAGGUACGAGGGUUCAUUUAGUAAUUUAAAGCUAAAAUGAGACAUAUCAUGGGUGUGAGAUGAUUGAAAUAAAUGGGGAAAUGCAGGUCAUCAUGUUGUUAUAAUUUGUACAUUUUAAAAAUGGUGAUAUUUUUACUUCAUAUUGAUGAUGAUCAUGCUUGGUGUCAUUGAAGGAAUGGUUUAUAAUGAAUUACCCUGUUUAUUAUGGAAUUAAAUGAAAAUCAACUUC